CUUGAUAACCCAGACGAGCAGGCCGCUCAGAUCAGGAGAGAGCUGGACGGACGACUGCAGAUGGCUGAUCAGAUCGCCAGGGUAAGACACAACCACCUCAAAGUAAAGUAGAGAAUUAGACACCAACCCACCCCUCUUAAAUCACCUCACCAGAGCUGUAGCAGAUACAGUAGAAGAUGGCAGCUCUAAGGUCUAUACACUAAGUACUAGUGGUACUACAGUAUGUGUGUGUUCUGAACCCUAGGCCCUCGAGCAUAAGGCACAUCUUUACAUCAGCAAAACAGCCUCAAUAAUGUAAGAGCAGAGGUAGACUCAGGGCAGGAGUACGCAUAAAUAAGAUCCUGUUUAAUAAUACCCUGUAUGGUUGUAGACUUCACUAUGGACUUGUGUGUGUGACUUAUCUGUGUGUGUGUGUGACUUAUGUGUGCGUGAGUGCCUGUGUGUAUGUGUGUGAUUUAUGUGUGUGUGUACGUGCGUGCGUGCCUGUGUGUAUGCCUGUGUGUGUAUGUUUCUGUGUCCAACAGGGCGGCAGGUUUCCCAAGUUUGUUUCCAAAGAGAUGGAGGCCAUGUUCAUAGAGGAGCUGAGAUCGUCAGUGAACCUGCUUAUGGCUAACCUGGAGAGCAUGCCGGUGUCCAAGGGAGGAGAGUUCAAACUGCAGAAGCUCAAACGAGGACACAACAGCUCCAUCAUAGACAUGGGCCAGGAGGACGAGAACACACUGUCCAAGUCUGAUGUGGUGCUCUCCUUCACUCUGGAGGUAUGGUUGGUUAACACUGCAGCUCAAACACAGCUUGCCAGAGACACUGCCUCCAGUGGUCACAUGCAGAAGUGUGCUAUUGAAGUAGCCCUAACUAUUUCAUCUGUCAGGCUACAUGGAAAAUAACAUUCAAACACUGCCUCCAAAAUGCCAUCCCUUUUUGAUAAGAUAAGAUAAUGUGACUCUUACUUUAGAGACAGACAGAGACACUGAGAGGGAAAGUAAGAGAGAGAUGUAGACUGAAUGACAGAGGUGGAUUACACAGAGAAAGAGCGAGAGAGAGACAGGGAAAGAGGGAGAUAGAUAGGCUCUGAUGAUUAUUGUCCUAUGGGACUUGGUCCCUCCCCUCUCGUAUACCUCAGACAUGUUUAUAGCAGCAGCCAUUCAAUACAGUCGUAAUGUUUUACACUCCCUAAUCUGCUGCUCUCAGGGGACAUGGCUGUAGAUCAGAGAGGCUGAGCUGAUCUGGAGGGCCCAUGUUUGUAAAAACAACAAGUCAGAUGUUUCUUUAUAGUAGUAUCAGUGUCUGUAACAGUGCUCUAGCCAAACUGAUGAAUGCCAUUUUUUUUGUGUCUGAAACUAGUUUCUAGCAGCAGAUGCGUGUUGGAAAUAUGUAACAUGUAUAGACGUUUGACUGGCAGUAUUCUCUCUGUCAGGUGGUGAUUGUGGAGGUUCAGGGGUUAAAGUCGCUGGCACCCAAUCGAGUCGUCUACUGCACCAUGGAGGUGGAAGGGGGGCAUAAGCUCCAGACUGACCAGGCCGAGGCCUCCAAACCAACGUGA